AUGGUGGAUCCUCAUCUGAAACAAUCCAAAACUGAAGGGUACCGGUCGAGAGCGGCAUAUAAGCUUUUGGAAAUUGAUACAAAAUUCAAGAUUUUUGGUAAGAAGUCGAAAAACAUCGUCGAUCUUGGGUUUGCUCCUGGUGCAUGGACUCAGGUAGCCCUCAACAAGAGCAAAGCAAGAGGGGUCGAGCCGAAUAUUCUCGGAGUUGACUUGAUCAAUUGCCUGCCGCCUGAAGGCUCUUCUUUCAUCCAAGGCGAUAUUUUCUCGAAGAAAACUCACGAGGAGAUCUCUGCUCAUUUCCAAGGUCCCAUACAACUUGUACUCAGUGACAUGAUGGCCAACACCAGCGGCAUUGGUGAUAACGACCAUUACGCUAGUAUGGAGCUUUGUGAUGGAGUAUUGCUCCUUGCGCUCAAGAUGUUGCAGAAGAACGGAAGCCUCGUGAUGAAAUUCUACACGGGUAAAGAGGACCAGCUAUUGCAAAAACGACUCGAGAAGGUUUUUCACAAAGUACACAAGAUGAAGCCGGCAGCGUGUCGAGCAGAGCUGCGAGAAAUGUACUUUGUAUGUUUGAAGAAAAGAAAAGACAACGUCGCCAUUGAAGAGGUGUUUGAUGGGGAGGAAGGCAGAGUCUAA